CCGGCCCCCGGCGCGCCCCCUCGGCCCCGGUGCCCGGCGGCGCAGGCGCGGUGGCGGCCGGAAGAGCGUGUGGGCCGGCCGGGCCGCGCUCCCGCCCCGCCUGCCCGUCCUGCCGGCCCGGCGCGCCGCGGCCCCGCCGCCGGAAAGAUGCUGCCCCUCUCCAUCAAAGACGAUGAGUACAAGCCGCCCAGGCUCAACCUGCUCAGGAAGGUGUCGGGCUGGUUCCGGUCUAUCCUGGCCGACAAGACUUCCCGCAACCUCUUCUCCUUCCUCUGUCUGAACCUCUCCUUCGCCUUCGUGGAGCUGCUCUACGGCAUCUGGAGUAACAGUUUAGGUCUGAUAUCAGAUUCUUUUCAUAUGUUUUUUGACUGUACUGCUCUAUUGGCUGGAUUAGCAGCUUCAGUUAUUUCAAAAUGGAGGUCAAAUGAUGCUUUCUCAUAUGGUUAUGUUCGAGCAGAAGUACUUGCUGGUUUUGUAAAUGGUUUAUUCCUCAUCUUUACAGCAUUCUUCAUUUUUUCUGAAGGUGUUGAGAGAGCCCUUGAGCCUCCCGAUGUGCAUCAUGAGAGACUUCUUCCUGUUUCUAUACUAGGAUUCAUUGUAAAUCUGAUAGGAAUAUUUGUUUUUCAGCAUGGAGGUCAUGGGCAUUCCCACAGCUCUGGGCAUGAGCACAGUCAUUCUCUGUUUAACGGUGGUCUCAGCCAUGGGCACAGUCACAGAGAUCAUGGACACAGCCAUGAACAUAAACAUUCCCAUGGACACACUCAUGGUCCCGGCCAUGGACACUCUCAUGGUCAGGAUUAUUGUCAUGAUGACCAUUCCCAUGAAGUAAUGGCUGGAUCCAGCAAACAGAUUUUACAAGGUGUAUUUCUGCACAUUGUGGCAGACACUCUGGGAAGUAUUGGUGUGAUCAUAUCUGCUAUACUGAUGCAGAACUAUGGUCUAAUGAUAGCAGAUCCUAUUUGUUCAAUGCUGAUAGCACUACUUAUAGGUGUAAGUAUUGUUCCACUUUUAAAAGAGUCCAUUGGGAUUUUGAUGCAGCGAACUCCUCCUUCCCUGGAAAAUGCCCUGCCUCAGUGCUACCAGAGGGUGCAGCAGUUGCAAGGAGUCUACAGUUUACAUGAUCCACAUUUCUGGACCCUCUGUACUGAUGUUUACAUAGGGACUUUGAAGUUACUAGUAGCUCCUGAUGCUGAUGGGAGGUGGAUUCUAAGCCAGACUCACAAUAUUUUUACUCAGGCGGGAGUAAGGCAGCUUUACAUACAGAUUGAUGUUGCAGCCAUGUAGUCAGUUUCUGGAAUGGUGCUGUUGGACCAAAGUUUUCUUCAGUACUGUACUGGUGUAGCAACAGUUCUUGAGACAGAGCCUGCCUCCACCACGUCUGGAAUUGACUGAAUAGAUUUCUGCCCUCUGGCUACGGAGGAAGUUCACUUCUAAGGAGUAAAUACUGAAUGAAUGUUA